AUGACAAAGAAUCGAAUUGGUCGUGAAAAUCCUGUAUUUGAGUUAGAUCAACAACCGAUUUUGUAUUUCUUAGUUUUCGUUAUUAUUGCUUUUUAUGUGGGAUUGACAGUAACUCGUCCUCAAAAUUAUAUAUCAUUAAUUGGUAUUGUUGUACUAAUUUUAUUAGGCACGAUUGGUUCAAAAUAUCCUCAUCGAGUAGCUGCUGUUGUUAUACGUUUUGAAAUUGGUUUUCAAUGUUUUGAUUUUCUUGGAAAAGAAGUAUCGAAAUUCAUACAUAAUGCUGAUGCUGGAGCAAUUUUUGUAUUUGGAAAAACAUUUUUUCAUAUUUAA